AAGAAAGGUGGCAUGGAACCACAAGACGACCCCUACUACGGUCGAAAACCAGUUUCCAAGGCCCAGAUCCAGGACGUUGGACAGACCGGCUUGACACCCGAGCAGGAAUACUGGAACCGAGAGCGCAAGUACAGCGUCAAUGGUGUGGACGUUCGAAAAUUCAGUACUAGCAAAACAGGCGGCAUGGAACCUCAGAACGACCCAUACUAUGGCCGGAAACAAGUCUCUUCCAAGGAAACCGCUGGCAUCGGUGAGACCAUGAUGACGCCGGCCGAGGCCUUCGAAGUUCGCGAGCGCAAGCAAUCCCUCUUCCAGCUCUCGUCCGAUCCUUUCGAUGUCAUUGCUGGCCGCCAUCGACAAUCCGUGUCUGGCUUGGCAAGCGGCGCCUCCGCGGAGGCAACCCGCCGUCGCAGUUCUGCUGUAGCCCCCGACGCCGCUGCAGCUGCCGCCUCUCACAACCGAUAUCACGGACAAAAUCUCGAGCCGAUCGAGAGCAGAGCUGAGGUUCCACCCGCGUCG